AUGCGCGACGCGGCCGCAGCGGGGAACCCCGCCCACACACGUCACCGUCCCUCUCCCCCGGCCAAUGACAGGCGGAUAGGGCGAGCCGCUGGAGGUCAUGUGGCGCUGGUAACUAAGGGGGACGUUGAGCGGGAGGGAUCGGUGCGCCGGUUCCAGGCUUCGGGCUCUGCCAUGUGUUGUCGGCUCUUGGUGUUGGUGCUCCUGCUACCGCCGUUGUCAUCUUCGGUCGUGCAGCACAUCCAUAAACCAGUGACCCUCAACAGCACUGGGUCGCCCGACCCCCAGCGCAACGCCACCGCCACGUCCGACACCACCGCCACGUCCGUCGCCACCGUCUUCGGCAGCAUAACCUCCCUGCUGCGCCAGAUCCCCGCCCUCGAGGGCCUGGUGCUGGCGUCCUGCGCCGGGGCUUUCCUGCUGGUCGUCUGCCUGAUGCUCAAAGUGUUCAGGUCUAGAAGAAGACUUAGGAAAACAAGGAAGUAUGACAUUAUUACAACACCAGCAGAAAAAGUGGAAAUGACACCUCUUAAUGAAGAUGAUGAUGAUGAUGAAGAUGCAACAGUGUUUGAUGUGAAAUACAGCAGGUGAAGAUUUGUGUAAAAUGACUGCUAUACGGAUGGCCAAUCGCACUGUGCCAACCACCAGCCACAAUAAUCUUCUGGAAGAAAACUGGGAUUCCCAUGUCAUCUGUGUGUUAAUGUUUCCUUCAGUUUCUUGUGUAUAAAGAACAGAAGUGUAUAGGAAAAUAUUAAAUUAUCAUCAUCCAGUUUAUCACCAGCACAAUAUUUACAUGUUUCCCAUGGACUUUGUAGAAAGGGUUUUUUUUCCAAACUCAAGAAUUUCUGGUGUAUAUUUUGAAAUGCAUAGUAUUGCAUCUUAUGGUAGUGAUUUUGUAUUUGUUGUUUGUUGGAAAUAGUUUAUCUGCACUACAAUAUUGAGGUGAAGUGGAAUGUAGAGUAACACAAAUGAAUUUUUUGGAUAAAGUUUAGAAUGUAUUCUUUAGUUUCAAAACAAUAUAUAUUACCAUUAGGUUGUGAUAGCUUUCAAAAACAGUAGAAAUUUAUUCUCAGUCACUUGAGCUGAGCGUACAUACAAUAUAGAGUAGCAGCUGUGCUUUCAAAAUUCAGUUCUAUUAACUUAGUGAAACUCCAUUUUGAAAGUGGAAUGCAAUGCACAGCCACUCUUAUGUGUUUAGCACAAGUGAGACAGGAUGAAUUUCAAUUCUGUAGUUGGACAUAAAUGUGAAGCAUCACCAUAUCUGCAAGUUAACAUUGUUCCUUCAGUAAGAGAUCAUGACUAGUCCCAGAUAUAUUUGUGCUUAUCUGUGUAUAUGUGCUUUUGGGAUUGUGAGCAAAUCAACUGAUUAGCAAUAGGAAUCGGUAUGCAUUCUGCAUUGUUGAUAUGGAUCAACGUAAGCACCGAGCUGGAACUGGCAUGAUCUAUAACUUGUUGGGCAAAUACAUUAACUUGCUUUAGCUUUUAUUGGAUAGGUGCACAAUGAAUUAGAGCUACAUAAGUUGCUUACCAAAGGCAUUUACUGAAAUAUGAAUCCAGGUAUUGAAUUAUAGUGCAAUUGAUACGAACUAUAACCAAACUAGGUUCAGUGUACAGAAGGAGGUCCUGGUACAAUUUAAGACUGACUGUAAGAGCUGAAACAAUACUGCAGGCACUUCAAGUUGAGUUGGUUUGCUCUAAUCAUAAGAACUUCAAAUUCAAACAGUACAUUGGCAGACUCCUUUCUUUAAAACAAACUACAAUGCCCGGAUAUGAACUUAGUUUAGGGUGGGGCUACCUUACUGUCCUUCAGAGGAAAUCGUGCAUUGUUAUUACUGGUUUAUAUAGUAAGUUUAUACCAUUAGACAACAGGAAAAACAGCAUUAUGUCUUUAGUGGGUUCCAAUACCUUUUCGUUUUGUUGUGGUUUAGUUCAACAUGCCUCAUUCAAAUAUUGCUCUAGUCAUAAUGAUCUUUGCAAGCUGAACCUAUGAUUAAAUUUCUCAGAACAAUCACUAAAAUGUGGAGGAAGGGUAGGAAAUUUUCUGCCAUGCAACAACAUUUAUCAUCACAGUUUGUAUAGCUCCUAAAGAGAACACUGCAUUGUUGAGAAUGUCCUGUUAUAAUUCAAGGUUGUUAGCUCAAUGGAAUCCCCUAGUGGUAGACUGCAAAUAUCUAGUAUACUGUGAAAAGAGAGGUAAUAUAACUGAAGGUAAUUUUAUCUGGAUAUUUUUAAAGAAAAAGAACCUCUUGCACACAUUGUCUGUAGAAAUUUGAAUCGUUCUCAACUUGUUUUUGCCUCAGUGAAGUCAAAAGAAGAGGUUGGCACAAAACAAAAUGCUUGAGCACCAAUUUUGCAUAAAGGAGAAUUUCAUACUUUUCACUACCUGUUUUAGUCUGAUGACCUAAUACUAAAAAGAAUGACUGAGAAAGGUAGAUGAAUCCUGCUGGAAUGACAGGCUGAUAAAAUCAGCUGACAUACCAUUUCUACAGAAGCAGGAGCACACCCUCACUGCUGCUUCCACGGGCACAAACCUAAACUCUAUUCUUUCAGGAUAUUACAGACUGAGAGCUCUUCCCUGAACUAAUUAACCUAUCACAUCAGUUAAAUUGUUACUCUGUCAGUGCCUUAAAUUGUAGCUAGCUAUUUUUCUUUACACCUCCAUAGAUAAAAUGCAGCAUUGCUAAGUCAGCACUGGUAAAGAAUGCCAACCCUCAGAUAUGUAGAUUAUGCCACCGUGCUUAAUGUUCCCUAAAGUGCAGCCAAAGAUGGGAGGAUGAGAUCUGCAGUUAAUCUACUUUCACCACAAUUCAAGUGGGCAUAUUUUAACAAUUUUACAUUGUCUGCCAGACCUGCAGUCCUAGUUAUAGCACUCAUUAUGGUCUGUGCUGCAUCCACUAAGCAUGGUUUCAGCAAACUUCCCUUUUCUGAUUGCUGUCUAUUAUCCGUGUCUGAAUGUUGAUUGAGAACAGGAUGGAAACUCUGGCUCACUGUUUGGAAGAGGUACUAAAGGGUGGGGACAGGAUUAGACUCUGCCAUGACGUCCGAACAAAUGAACCUUUUGCUAUUCUUUGUCAAGGAAAGUCAUGUAAUCCUUCACAAUCUUGGAUGUUCCUUUCUAGCCAUUGAGCUACUUUUAGAAGUGUAGCCACUGAUGUGGUGUCAUCUGGGAUUAGAUUUUUAAAAAAUGUGGCCACUUGGGAGAAAUGGGAAACUUUAUUCUUACAACCAUAUCCCUAAAUGAGUCAACACUUUUUGCAGAGAGGUACCGUUUAAGCAAAGAAAGUGGAAUCUCUUUAAAUUGAACAAUGUGAGGACUGGAUUAUGGGGAGCAGGUGGGAAGGGAUAUUUGAUUUAAUCUGUCUCAUAGGAGUGGACAGAAAAAUAGCCAACAAUCUGGACUCUCUAAUGGUUACUCCUGACUCCAAAAUUGUGGGCGAUCAGAUGCCGAUACACAUCUAUCGGAACUUACCAAUCAUUAUACAUGACCAGGUUACAUCUCCUGGUUCAGGUGCCAUUUUGUACUGAAUAUUGACAAUCAGCAUCUCUUUGAUUAUUGACAUUUUAGUCAAUGGGCUUUUAUAUCCUUUGUACAAUCAAUCUUUCAGGAGAACUUGGAAAUGAACAGAAAUUGUAUGUAUUUGAAAUAUCUAAAAUUAGUUGUUAAUCAUAUCAACUUAUUGAAUAAUGAAAUAACCUUGUGUUAUGCAAGUUUUAUGUUUACAUUUUGUACAAAUAAGGAAUAUUUUGUCUAGAUUUUACGCAACAUACAUUUUUCUUUUGGAAAAUUGUGAUUUUAUUAUUCAGGGCAGUAAGUUGAAGUUGCUUAGAGAACUGAAUGCAGCAUUCAUAACAAUGUUGUUUAUUUCCUUCAAUAUGCCUGAAGUCAAAGUGAAAUGAGCCUGUUGUUGAUUAAUGAGGCCAAUCCAUCUUGGAUCAUUUGUAACACACAAGGACCUUUGGAAAUUAUUCAUUUCUAUUUCAGUUUCAAGGGUGUAAGGAUCUAGUUUAUAGGGACACAAUUUUAAGAGUUAGUUGCAUUUUGGGAAGUUAAGAGAAUUUUGUUUUCUCCUUUUUGUAAGAGUUGUUGGACAAGAUAGUAGUAACAGACUUUGAAGCUGACAAUAUAACAACUCAGAAGUGAAAUUUUUAAAAGUUGUUUUGAGAAAGCACCUAGAUGAAACAGCCCUUUGUCAACUACCCCAUGGAAUCUUGCACGUCUCAAUGAUAUUACCUUUUAUUCUUAUAUAUUCUAAUGACCAAUUUUAUUCAACCUCCCUAUGGGAUAUCCCACUCAUCUUGGCAAUCAAUCCAGUCAAUUUAUGCACCAGUGCCUCCAAGGCAUGUAUAUCCUUAACAUUUUAAAAACCAUUGUGGAUAAUGAGAACAGAUUAAAACAUUUUAAGCAAGUAACUAAACCAGAAAAAGAAAAUUUACAAAACUUAGAAUGUCUUAUUAUUUCAGCUCAUGGAAUAGACAUAAAUUAGGCAGUCAAAGCAGCCUUCUGUAGUGAGAUAAUCCAUACACCCUUGCGAUCAGUAAAAUGAGCUGAAACGAAAUAACCUUACCCUGGUGGAAGGUAACCAUCUUCAAUCACUGAAGGUUUUUGUAUUCGGUUCCAGCUCUAAUUCUAUGCAGGAAAUUGCUCAGGAAUAAUUGGAAUGAACUAAUCUAUUGCGUUCUCAAAAUAUGUCCUCUUUGUGUGUCCUGUCCAUUCCAGGUAUGUAAAUAGCCACUAGGUGGCACCUAUGGAACAGUUGUGUCAAAACACAUCCAUUCCAGUCAGGGAACAGAUUCAUCCCCAUGGGCUAAUUACAUCAUUGUCACAUAUAAAACUCACUAAAGACAGCAAGGGAACAGGAGGAACUUAUUUAAAGCUGUUUAAUAUAGUGCUAUAAGAAAUUUAUUAAGGAUUUAUUUAUUGGUAGGGAAGGGUAAACUCUUGAGGAGAAUUAGUUUUAGUUUUGAAAAUAUUAAAAAGCUGCAGAUGCUGGAAAUCUGAAAUAAAAACAGAAACUGUUGGUAAAGCUCAGCAGGUCAGGCAGCGUCUGUGGAAAGGAGAAAUUUCAGAUCUGGGAUCCUUCCGACUGAGAGAGAAUGUUAGUGAAGGUGGGAGAGUGCAAUGGGUGGAACAAAGGGAAUUUUUCUAUCAGGGUAAAAUGUUGAAGCCAUUAAGGGCAGUUAAGCUCCUUUAUCAUAACUACAUUAUUUCUCCCUAUUAGAGAAAUUCCUCAAAUGUUGAUUGUUUUUCCUUCCAGAGAUGCUGCCUGACCUGCUGAGUUUUUCCAGCAGUUUCUGCUUUAUUUUCAAUCCUGAAUUUGGUGAAUAGAACACCAGACAACAGCCCUAUUUUUCUAACCACAGAAAGCCUUAUUUUCAAUAAACUGCUCCUGACUUUGACUCAGGCAUUAAUCCUUCUAGUAACAUGCUGUGCUGCCACUUGCUAUGUCUUGCGUCAGAAGUAGAUGGUGUUGCACAAUGAAAACAUAUCUUGAAGUGCUUGCUCCUCUUCCUCCCGAUUUACCAAAUUCAACACUCAUUGGCAUUAAGAGAUCAAGGCUCUAAGGGAACUGUUUAACCUUUGGCUCUGUUCCCCACUGCAGUGUCUAUUUCAUUGAAAACCGCCAUCUGUAAGAAUGCUAAAAUGUCAAGGUAAGACGAGUAGGAUAUUUUCAGGUGGGAGCUAAAUUUAGGGAAACUAUUAUCCCUUAAUUUGAGUAAAGUGAAUGUGGGAGUUUAAAACAGAACUAUGAAUGUAACGGUUAAUAAGGACUUCAGAAGAAACUGCUGAGUAGUGAAAAUGUUGAGUUUGCUAAUUCAUGGAGAAGUUGAUGCUCAUUAGCAUGAGGGGAAAAAGGAACAGGAGGAUAUGUUAAUUGUGGUGGAUGAGAUAGGUUAAAGAGCGAUUGAAUGUUAUAUUUCUUGUUUUUAAUUUAAGGUAAUUAUAUUAUUAUUGGAUAUUGGUUUGUUUUUAUCCUCCAUGAAAGUAAUUGUAAAGAAUCUAAUCCAAAUGCAAUUUUAUGUGUACAUACUACUGAAGUGGAACAUGUAGCACCAGUGACAAACUUUAGACAAGUAGUUUGGGGAGAGUCACAGAUGCAUACUUGUAUCUCAGUGAGAAUGCCACUCUGAAUAUAUCAACCAGAGCACUCUAUAUCAAUUUCAAUUCCUGAUCUUAAAAUUUAGUGUUCUGUUCUCAUUAACAUUUCUGUUUGUUCUCAACAACUGCCAUGGAAGUGAUUUAUUUUCCCACUUGUGCUGACCGAACAUGCAAAGCUACUGAUUCUAGGGAUUUUGAAGUAUAAAUACUUUUGAGGCUUUUCCUCACAUCUAAUCUGGGGAAUUGGGAGGAAAGAUCUUGAGCAUUAUUUUGCACUUAGACUUUGUUUUUACUUUUUGCACAGAUGACAGUUUAAUAAUCAAUUUGCUCGGUGUACCCACAAUGUAUCAUACUGUUACAGUGAUUUUCAUUGUCAUGAUUAUAGAACACUGGUUGUUGAGCUGGACUUUAAAUGCAACUAAUUUAUGAUCCAUUUGCUAUGUGUUACACUGGAGAAUUAAGUCAGUAAGUAGGGUCUUGUUUUUCAAGCUGUAUUUGUCAGCUUGUUUUAUGUAGUUUCUGGAAUAAUUCACACUGGAUAAUUUGGGUAGAUUUUUAAAAUGUCUUACUUGAAAGGAAUGUAAAAGAUACAGAAAAGAAUCUAGAAUAUUAGCAAAUCUGUGAUUUGAUUAUCUUGAUUUCUGUUGUAAUUACUCUAUCUUACUUAAUAAAUAUCUUUACCACAAUGA